UGUACGUUGAACUCGAUUCGUUUCGCUAGGAAAUGUCUCUUGUUAUGUCACUGGAAAAGCAAAACACGAACGUCUCGUCUCGCCUCGCCUCGCGUCACACCGCGUCAUGACGACAUCCGCGCCUCGUCUCGCCGCGUCGCUCUGCGAGCGGCGAGCGUCGACGCCGGCGUCGACGUCGUCGCGCGUGCCCGCGCGAACGCGCCGCGGCGCGCCGCCGCGCGCCGGUUUCGGCGCGGCGGUCCCCACCGCGCGCUCGGCGGCGGUUUUAGACAAGCACGUCCCCAUCGACCGCUACGCGGACGGUUUGCGGCAGCUGCACGCCUCCCCCGACGUCUUCGUCGUCGAUGACUUUCUGAGCGCCGACGCGUGCGCGGACAUAAUCGCUCGGGCGAAGGCGAAAGGGGACAUGACGCAGAGCCCGGUGGUGUACGCCGGGUGGACGAACGACGUCGAGGCGUGGACGUCCACGGUGUCCAGUGGACCCGCGGUUUGGAUCGGAGCGCUCGCGAUGUUGAUAGGAUCGGCCGCGUUCGGGCAGUCCGGCCUGGGGUUGCUCGGCGAGGGCGUGGUCGGGUACUUGGGCGCCGUCGGCGCGGCGUACGCGGCGUCUCUGGCGUACGUGAAAGAUAAGGAGCGAGAGCUCGGGGAUUUGCGAACGAGCACGAGCACGGCGUUGGACGGCUCUGGGGUCGGUGAGCGUGAGUUGAUACGAGCGACGGAGAGAUUGCUUCCGGGGACGUCGUGGACGACGUACGAGGCGCCGACGGUGAUUCGGUACGAGCGAGGCCAGAAGCUGGCGCCGCACUUCGACGCCAAUCGCGGCGCGGCGGUGGAGGACGCCAAUCGCGGCGGGCAGACUUUAGUGACCUUGCUCGUCUACUUGAACGACGUUGAUGAGGUGCGCGGUGGCGGUCAGACCGUGUUCGGGCGGUUGGGUGACCUCGCCGUGCGACCGGCGAAAGGACGCGCCUUGGUGUUCUUUCCGGCGAACGCCGACGGCGAGUUCGACGACCGCGUCGAGCACGAGGGCACGGAAGCGAACGAAGAGAAAUGGAUCGUGCGCAUAUGGGUGCACCAAAACGAGGUCGGAGGACCCCCGAGCGGUUUGCCAGACGACUGGAACGAUGAACGGGGAGUCGUCGCUCCGUGAAGUGUACGAGGUGCUCAUCGCGCCGCAGCUGCACGCUCGAUGCGCCGAAGUCUUGGCCGCGUGCACGUCGAUUCGACGAACAGGAUGUGUGGCGGAACUCCGGAUGUUUGCCUUGGCCGACGAGUCUCGCCGAAAACGCGAGAUCGAUCGGCGUCCGCGCACCGUGACGGAGGCGCUCCAUAGCCCACCAUCCCGCCUAGUAGCCCACCGGCGCCUCAUAGCCCACCAUCCC